ACUCGUUACAAGAAAAAUACCAACUAGUCAAAGCACUGGCUAAAUAUCUACAGUCGACCAACAAACUGAGUCAUCUGACCCGCGCCACAUUUAUACCUGGCGCCACCAACGGACACAGACAACAACCGCCUCGUGGCAGCCCCAAGAUCAGCUGACGCCGUAAACACAACACACCGCCCUGCGGUGCGGCAAGUCUCACUACAACACACACCUAUGUUUUAGUCGCCGCUCCUCUGUCUACACCACAACGCAACAAGCACUUUUGAAACUCUUAUCAUCCUCAACAUAAACGCCUCUACCAACAUCUGUACUGGUGUAGUCAUCGGGAGGACAAACCCUUCAUGCAAACUGCACCUACUCUGAAGACUGCCAGGCUACUAGUCCGCACGAUCGUCGUCGCCCCCUAAAUCAGCAACAAGAGGCUACCUGCCCUGGAGAGCUCGUGCAGUCAUUACGAGGAGAUAUCCUUAAUGCAAACUGCACUUGUUGUAAAGAAGAACUUCUUGGAGAAUAAUCAUGGCUAACAUUAUAAAUGAAGUCUUUCGCUUAGCGCUCCAACCAUUAAAACUUUCUCAGCUCUCGUACUCUACUCAGAGAAGAUGGGCUUCAACGCAAGAUUCGUUUCCUGUGAUUCGUGUUCCUGUGGCAGUAGCAGAGAAGUUGAAGAGAGAAAAUAGGAAAAGGAGGAGACAAGAAAGAGAGCUCUCUUUGGAGAAAUCUCGGAGAGGUGACCAUUCUAGGCCUGUAAUUUCAUGCAAAAGAAAAGAAUAUAACCACUAUUUUGGCCAGUCAUACAACAAAUUUACUGAGGUUUCCCUUGCAUCAAAGGGCUGGGGCCACAGAAAAUCUGCUGGAGAUUACUUCACUAUCAAUGGCUGUGGUGGAAAUCCUGCAUUUCAUGAAUUCCAAGAAGAAGAACCAGAUUUUGAGUCCCUUGGCCUUGAGAGUGAUAUGCAGUCCCAGCUACAUAAGUUAGGAUUUGAGAGGCCUACAAAUAUACAGGCUUUAGCAAUUCCCCAUGUCUUAGAAGGCAAAAAUACACUUAUUGCUGCAGAAACAGGAAAUGGAAAGACACUAGCAUUUAUUGCUCCCAUGCUGCAUCAAAUACGGCAACAGAUGAAAGUGUAUGGAUCCAACUUGCCACAUAACUCGCCUCUUGGUCUUGUCAUAGUACCAGGUAGAGAACUGGCAGAACAGAUACAUAGUGUUGCCUCAGGCUUAGGUGAGAGUUUUGGAAUUAAUGUGGAGAUGAUGAAAGGUGGAAAAACCAAGAAUAAGAUGCUUCAUCCAGUCAUGUCUCAGCAGCACCUUCUCAUAGCAACCAUCGGUGCUUUAUCUAAACUCACAACUGUAGGCGUCUGUGAUAUAUCCCUUGUAAGACACCUCGCUCUUGACGAAGCAGAUACACUUCUUGAUGAUUCCUUUAAUGAUCAAGUGACACGGUAUAUCACCAAAUUCCCGAUUCAAGGAGCAAGAUAUGAAAUUGAUGAGCAUCCUUUAACGAUGUCGGGCAUUCAACUAUCUUUAGUGGCAGCUACGCUGCCACGCAGCCUGGACACUAUCCUCGAUCCUGUAGUUGAUAUUGAGUCUGUUAAGAAAAUCACAACUCCACACCUCAACCGCCUCAUGCCACAUGUACCUCAGCGUUUCUUUCGCAUUAAUCACAUAACUAAGGCAGAGAAACUGCUGCAGUUGGUAAAGCAAGAUGCCAAAAAAGGAACCCCAGUUAUUAUAUUCAGCAACUAUAGCAAGACAUGUGAUUGGGUUUCCUUAUUCCUAAAUGAGAAUGGUGUGUCGUGCGUCAAUCUUAAUGGUAAUAUGGCAGCUAAAUUUAGAGAAGGUCGCUUCGAAUCCUUCCAAUCUGGCCAGGUGCUGGCCCUCUCCUGUACCGAUUUAACAUCACGUGGUUUAGAUACCAUUAAAGCUGGUCAUGUGAUCAAUUUUGAGUUUCCUAAGUUUAUUGCUGACUACAUACAUCGAUGUGGACGAAUAGGAAGAGUUGGAAGUCAAAUUACUGGUCUAGUGACAAAUCUGGUUCACCGUCCCGAAGAAAUUGAACUGGUUCAGAAGAUUGAGUAUGCUGCAAGGAAACUAGAGGAAUUUCCCAAUGUCAAUGCAAAUAUAAAAAGAAUUAUUACUGCAAAUGCUUCAAGAGCUGAAGAAAAUAAUGAUAGACUUAAUCAAUAAGCAUAAAAAGUUGACACGAGAAAAGCAAUUAAAAGUUAAAGAAACAGUGUGUUUAUUGACGUGUGUGAAGACAUUAGAGAGCACAGCUUGGAUUAGUAGUGUUAAAUUUGUAAAAUUAAGGACAUUGUGAAUGGAUGACUGUAACUGUUAUGGUUUUUAGAACUGUAUGUAAAUUAGUUAGGCAUGUGAGUAAAAUAGCAUAAGAGUUCAAA